AUGCCUAACGUUACCAUAAGUGAAUAUUUAUUGAAGCGUCUUAAAGAACUCAACAUUGACGUUAUCUUUGGAGUCCCCGGGGACUACAACAUGCCGUUAUUGGACUUUAUCGAAGAUGAUAAAGACCUUACUUGGGGCGCCAAUGCUAAUGAACUCAAUGCAGCUUAUGCCGCCGAUGGAUAUGCUCGCAUACGCGGUGCUGCUGCUCUUGUUACCACUUUUGGUGUCGGCGAACUCUCUGCUAUGAACGGCAUUGCUGGAUCGUACUCUGAGAUGGUACCUGUCAUUCAUAUUGUUGGCACGCCUGUCACCACGGCACAAGACCAACAGUCUCUUUUGCACCACACCUUGGGUAACGGUGAUUACCAAGUAUUUUCAAAGAUGGCCUCCAUGGUGACAGUUGCUUCGACCCAUAUUACAGCCGAAAGAGCUACUUCCGAAAUCGAUGAGGUGAUCAAGACGGCCUACAUCAAAAAAAGACCUGGCUACCUGGCUUUUCCUCUAGACCUUAUGACACAAAAGAUUGAUAUUCCAGAGGAUGUCUUUCAUCAGCCCUUGAAGCUGGAUAUACCUCGUAAUCCAUCCGAGGUUCAGGAAAUUGUGUUGGACAAUGUCAUAAAGGCGAUAGAGAAUGCAAAGAGACCCACGAUCAUGGUGGACGGUUGUGCACUGCGUCAACAUAUUCAAAAAGAAGUCAAUGAAUUUGUACAAAAAUCAGGCUUCCCUGCAUUUACCGCUCCUAUGGGAAAAGGCACCUUAGACGAAAGCUUGCCUAAUUUCCGCGGCUGCUACAGUGGCACCGUCUCCCUGGAAGGCGUCCAAAAAGAAGUAGAGCAGGCUGACUUGCUCAUCGAGAUUGGCUCCAUCAAAUCCGAUUUCAAUACAGGCAACUUCACGUACGGAUUGGACAAGAAAAAGACGAUUUCCUUGCAUAGUUUCAGCACAACCAUCUAUCACGCAGAGUAUCCUGGUGUCGGCAUGGUCGAAUUGAUACCACUCAUCACAGCCCGCCUGAAAGAAACGCGUCAGUUUGAUUUUCCUCAACGCGCCCAACGCAUCCCUACAGACACCACGACGGACAUCAUAACACACAAUUACCUUUGGAACAAAAUAGCCGAUCUUAUUCCAGUCAAUAGUAUUGUUGUUACCGACACGGGCACGUCCGAAUUCGGUAUCUUUGAUGUACACGGGCCAAAAGGAACACAGUUUAUCAGUCAAAUACUGUGGGGAUCCAUCGGUUACUCCGUUGGUGCUGCCUUGGGUGCUGCCAUGGCAGAUCGUUCAAAGCGUGUCUAUCUGUUUGUCGGUGACGGAUCCUACCAACUCACGGCCCAAGAGGUAUCCGUCUUUAUUCGUCAAGGCAUCACGCCUGUCAUAUUCCUGAUCAACAAUGAAGGUUACACGAUUGAAAAAAUGCUACAUGGCCGCGAACGCGAGUAUAACAAUAUUCCAACCUGGGAGUACAGCAGUAGUCUGAAAUUCUUUGGUGGCCAUACUAAACAAAAAGUGGCUAAACGCAAGCACAGCCCUUCACAAGUUGGCGUGGAAGCCAGAGUCACUACUCGUAAAGAGUUUGAAGACACUAUGGAGAAGGUUCAGCAACAAGCAGAUAAGAUUCAUUUUGUCGAAAUUGUCAUGCCAGAAAUGGAUAUCCCUCGUCAGCUUGAUAAACUGGUCGAAAAUGGGCAGAAAUAA